AUGAGUGGCUUCUAUCACCAGUACAUUCCGGGCGCCCCGGGCGCUGGCGAGGACGCCAGUCCCGGAGCUCACGAUGCCCAUCCAUACGCCCCUAAUACUCCAGUUCAACUUGGAGGUAAUGAACCAACUUUGGUCAACCCUUACGAAAAUAUGGGUUACUUUGCCGGAUUUACGGAUCCGAUCAUGUUCCAGCCCCCUAAAGCGCAAAAUCCGCGGAAUCGAAGAAAGUCAGCCCCUGGGCUGGAUCAUGUCAAACACCGCCGGACUAGAUCGGGCUGCUACACAUGCAGAAGUAGACGUGUCAAAUGUGACGAGACACAUCCCAUUUGCGAGAGAUGUCGUAAAGGUAAACGCGACUGUGUUUACCCGGACGGUGCGGGCUCAAAGGGGCCGGCUGGAUCAUCUUCCAAAGAAGGCGCGGCUUCUCAACAAUCCGGAAGUGCUGGAAACUCGCCAGAAGGACUCGACGACGGAGCUGAGAGCGAUAGCAAAUUAGAACCGAUUCUUGACGAAGACGAGCCCGAGGAGGAAUCUCCACAACAGACUUCGAGAUAUCCCAGAAGAGCGAGCAUCGCUUCGAGCUCUAACUUGCCCAGAUCGAGCACACGUCACAGCUCCGAAACACCCUCCCUCGAUGGGACGAAGAGUUCAUCUGAAUCGGCUUCGACAGGAACAAGCGCGGGCUUCAUGACCCCUUUUCAGGCUUCGGAUCCAUCCAUACAACCCGGCCCUCUGGACUGGUCCCAUCUGCCGCCGGAUUUACGCUUUCACCUCGACUACUUCCGUGAAAACUUGACGCAUUACAACUACGGGAUGGUGUUGGAUACCGAAGACUUCUUCAGGUCGUUCCUCCCCGCCACCGCCGUACGGCAGGGCAACGAUGCAUUGUUAUACGCAGUAGUAGGCUUUGCAGCUUACCACCGCACAGUCCAUAACCCGAAUGGCCAAAUCCAGGAUUUCUUGCAAUAUUAUAACAAGAGCGUCACCUUGCUCCUGGCUUCGUUUAGGAAGAAGGAGAAGCAGAACACCGCCACAUUGUUGACAAUUCUACAGCUAGCAACAAUAGAGGAGUAUUUGGGUGACUGGGUGAACCUGAUGGGACAUCAAAGAGCCGCGUUGCAGAUACUUACAAAACUAUUCACCGCGCAGACCGCACAGCAGUCCUCCGUUACCAGGAUGAUUCUCACUUGGUACGUUCGAUUCGAUGUCUUCGUCGGCAUGCUAGGAGGUUUCGAAACGAGACUCCCGCGAGCGUGGUUCUCAGUCAUGGUCGAAUAUCUCGAAACCCAACUCGCGCAAGAACCAGACGACUGGAGCUUGAAACUAGACUACUGCUCCGCUACCAUACGUCUGAUCACAGUGGACAUGUCACUGCUCUAUGCAAGAGCGGGUCGAGGCGAAAUUAUUGGUGAAGCAUUUGGCACAGAGCACAGACGUCUCGAGCAACAAUUGAGGGAUUGGAAGGCGAAUCUCGAUCCAGCUCUUACGCAAGACGAGUACCAGGUGACCGACUUUAGACAUAGGAGGCCAUUGACCGAAACCGACAUCGUCGAUCCUUACACAGGGAAGGAUCUGUACAAGCCGCCCUUCUUCUCCACGACGGUCCUGAUCUGCGAAUGGCACUCGAUAAUGGUCAUGCACAAGAGCCAGGAGGCAUUGGCGCUACAGCAGGAGCCUACACCCGAGCUGAGGGAGCUGGCGUUUGGCAUCUGUCGGAUCUUCGAGACGGUCGAGCGGUGGCCCUAUAGCCCGAACGGUGCAGUCAUCAUACUGCAGUCCUGCCUGGCGAUAGCAACAUUGUUUCUCCCGAAGGAUCAGAAGCACCACAUGUGGAUGAGACGGAAGUUCGCAUAUAUUGAAGCACUCGGGUACGUGUUCCCGCUGACCAUGAGAGCGCGGUUCGCCCAGAUAUUCCAAGACCCGUCCUGCACCCACUGGUGGCUCCCCAACGACGAAGGCCUCACGCCUAUCGUGCAGAACAUACGCGCGUUCGCGGAUGAGCGCAAUGCCAACCCGGUCUCCGAGCAGACCGAAAAUCUCCGGGAAAUGAGCGCAAUCUUUGCCAAAAUGCGCCUCGACCCCCACCACAACGACAGUUCUCAGCGCGAGCUUUCUGGGAAGGGCAAGAAGGUUGUGGGCUAG